AUGCCGUCUCAUCUGACGCGCAAUGUCUUCCGCCGGCUCCUCGCGAAUGAGCCGAUUGUGCAUCGAGGCUGUCUGCGUCAGCAGCCGCAUCGGUCCUUCUCACAUAUCGGCAGCACACAAAGACCACGUCCGCAUCGAGUCAUCCCCUCAUCUCUCCAAAAUGUGCAGCGCAGAUCGUUCUUCAACCUCAACAUCUUCAGCAAGAGGGAGGAGGCGAAGGAAGCAGACAAGGACCCCGGGGUGGAUAAGAUGAUGGAACUGGCCAAACGACAGCGGCUGAGAGCGAGAAUGCCUCCAACAGAAGAUGUCUACCGAGCAGUGAGAGUUUUCUUCGAGGCUAAGGCCAAUCCGCAGAAGCUCUCCUCUCGUCGCCCCUUCACCGACACGCAAGCCCAGUUGGUUUUGCAAAGCCUGCGAUACCUUGCGACCUCUCGAAAGACCGUGAAAGAGGUGGAAGGCCUCGCAGACGCGCAGGAAUCCCAGCCCUUCAUACGCAGCAAGCUUGGACGGAGGAUGCUUAGCGUUGUGCGCCGCGACAACCAGGCCACCACCCAGGCUCAUGUCGACCUCGCUCGCUUCUUAUACGAGGAGGCAGAGUUCCCAGAUCAUCUUUAUUUGCGAUACCGCGCGUUUGUGGUGUAUAUCGAGACGUUAUGUCACACCCGCCAGACGAAUUUGGCUCGCGACGCCGUUCUCCAAUAUCAGCAAAGCCUACAGCAAUCUUCUGGGAAGUUCGCGCAAACCGCGUGGGAGGCUAUCCUGGCCGGCUACGUACGAGAAAACAACGAACCCGAGGUUCUACGGACCUUACAAGUGAUGGACGGCCGCAUUCCCCGUCCAGCAACUAUGCCUAUGAUCACCCUCAGCAUGCAAAGAAACAAAGCUGCUGAUGUUAAGAAGUGGUGGUCACUGCGAUGGUCCUUGCGUCCGUCUCGACCAACCCACGCAGAUGUGAAUGACGAACGGGAUGGCAAAAUACUUGCAAAAGUGCUACGCUGGUGUAUCGCGAACAACGAGAUUGAAACCGGGCAGGAGAUUGUACGAGAGAUGAUGGCGUCCAACCCUUCCAAAUUGAUUUGGGACGCCGUGUUGAUAUGGGCCGCGGGCACGAAGAGGAGCGUUGAUGAGAUUGAUCGUAUGAUUACGGUCAUGGAAGACUCGAACACACACGUCUCCGACUGGUCGCAAUGGCGCAUGGCCGACAUCGUCACGAUCAACGGUCUUGUCGACCUUGCAAUCUCCCUCAACGAUCCGUACAUGGCAGAGAGAUUCAUUGCACUCGGAAAGAGCCGCAACAUCGAGCCGGAUGCCAAGACGUUGGUUUUGCAGAUGGACUAUCGUCUGAGCGUAAACGAUGUGGACGGCGCGUUGACCGCCUAUAAGAAUCUGCAGGCGAAAGACACAUCCCUUCACGAGGACGUCCCCGCCGUCAAUCGCCUCAUCGUUGCGCUUUGCCGGAGCAAGUACCAUGAUUUUGACACGGUCAUGAACGUUGCCGCAGAUCUGGCGGAUCGUCGAGCUCUCUUCGAUGCGUUCACCGUCUCCACGCUCACUUCGUUACACCUCAGUCGCGACGAAUACGACGACGUCGUCGAUUUGCUGAAUACUCAUGCUUUCCACUACUCGUCGACCGAACGGACAGGGAUUCGCGACGCCAUUGUGUCCAUCACUACCGACUCCAGCACUCCACUGUCUCGAGCCUGGCGGUCCUACGUGAUCCUCCGAGAUGUCUUUGACGAAAUGCAACGCUCCGAUCGCACAGCAAUCAUGACCGCCUUCCUCGACCGCGGCCGCUCAGAUCUUGCCGUGAACGUCUUCCAGGACAUGCGCAUGCACACCCGCACCGACACCAUCCCCACCAUCGAGACCUACGUCCUGGCGUUCAUAGGUCUGGCCAAGCUACGCGACAUUGAAAGCAUCGAGGUCGUGCACAACCUCCUCAAAAUCGACAUCAACAUCAACCUCACCACCUACAUCUACACCUCCCUCAUCCUGGCAUACACCGCGUGUGGCCAGCCUCGCACCGCUCUGACUUUCUGGGACGACAUUGUAGCCUCACGUGAAGGCCCAACGUACAACAGCAUCCACGCGGCCUUCCGAGCCUGCGAAAAGUCCAUUUGGGGCCAUGCUCGCGCGAAAAAGAUUUGGGAGAUGCUGCGGUCCCGCAGUGUUGAUCUCGACCAGGAUCUCUGGGCUUCGUACGUCGCUGCAUUGGCUGGCAAUGGCGAUUUGGAGUCGGCUUUGUCGGUUCUGGAGGAAGGUGUUGCGGCGGGGGAGGUCGAGGUGGACUUUUUCGUACUGGGCAGCAUGUAUGCUGCGAUGGCUGGGCGAGAGACCCAAGGCGAUGUCGAGGCUUACGGGAAGGAGAAGUAUCCGAAAGAGUGGGAGAAGCUGGAGGCGCUGGGGACAGAGGAGGACGAGAAUGGGUGGAAGACUUUUAAGAUUGAUAGGGCGAUCGGGCCUUGA